UUGUGAUAUUUAGGCUCAGGAGUUUACUUGCAGCGCCUAUCCUGUCUCAGGUAAAAAAUGAGUUCACCUUUGUCGAUGCUGAAGAAAACGAGGCGCACUCCACUGCAGGGCCCUCUGAAUGAGCAAUGGGGCAGACAAAAAGUGUCUUUCAGGAGGAAUCUGAUAAAAGAAUUUCAGUCUGCAUUGGCUGACGACGAUGAAUCCUCGGAUUUCAAUCCUCCCCAGAGCUCUCACACUCCAGCCAAUGAUGCCUCCAUUUCAAAGUCAAAAGCCCCAUUGAAGAAAGGUACUGCACCAAGCGACUUUGAGCUCAUGUCUGCCAUGAUGCGGCGGGUGAGCCUGCUGGAGAAAAAAGUGAUGAGCCAAGCACAGGAGAUCGAGCACAAGGAUAAAAGGAUUUCAGUGUUGGAGGAAAAACGGAGGCGUCUGAAAGAAUCAGAGAGUACCCAUGACCUGAGCAGCAGAGACGAUCUUGAAAGAAGGUGCCAACAGCUGCAGAAUCAAGUGUGUGAAAUGGAUAGCUUUCUGAAUGAUUAUGGUUUGAUCUGGGUAGGAGCUGCUGAGAGCAGUGACUCAGCUGAAAGUGAGCAGCCACGUAACUUAGAGAGAGGCCUCUGGCAGCCAGACGCCUUCAUGGUCAGAAGCUUCCACAUGAACUUUGACCUUGUGGUGCAGAGGAUCAAGGAGCUGAACAUCAUGGCAGGGGAGGGAGAGUGUUUUGUACAAUCCACAUCCACGGGGGGACACUUGACAAAAAAGGAUCCUAUUCAACUGAGUCUCUACAGCAACGGCAUUGUCAUGUUUGAAGGUCCUUUCCGCUCGUAUCAAGAGCACAGCACCCAGCGGUGCAUGCAAGAUCUGAUGGACGGGUAUUUUCCGUCUGAGCUUCAAGAAAGAUUUCCAGAUGGUGUGCCUUUUGAGGUUUGUGACAGACGAGAGGAGGAUUUUAUCAUCAGGCUACCGUGGAAUAAGUUUCCUGGUGAAGGACAGGCUGUCUGUGGGGAGAAAGAGGAAUCAUCGAAUGCCAUCAGCUCUCAGUUACCUGGUCUGUCCCGCACACACCACACAGAUGGAGGUGGAUUUCCUCAGUCCUCAUUAUUAUUCUCCUGUUUUCUCCUGUCCUCAGGCAAGAAACUGAGCAUGGAUCAGUUCCUGAACAGGUUACCAAAGGUGGUAGUGAAGGCUGGUCGUGUGAUUGAUAUCAGGGACUCGCUGAGGGCUGCCCUGCAGGGUUCAUCUGAUGCCCGGAGCAGCAACUCAGUGAUCCUCAUAGACACGCCGGCACUGCAAGCGAUCAAAGAGAGACUGCAGACGCCCAGCUCUGGCCGGCCUUCGUCCGCCCGAGAUGUCAUCACACUGAAGUUGAAGUCAGAAGACGGGAAUCACACUUACGUCCUGAAAAUGUGCUUCUCAGAAACAAUCGGGCACCUGCGGCAGCAUCUGGACAGAUACAGAGAGGGUGGUCUCACUGAUUAUGACAUCAUCAGUGUGUACCCACAGUGCUGCUACGACGACGAACGCCAGACGCUGCGAUCAUGUGGACUCACGAGUAAUGCUACUCUCCUGCUGCGAAAGAGGCAGAAACGCCCUCAUUCACUGACUGAAGGCAAUAAAAUAAGCCUAUAAAAAAGUUAUGGAUCAGCAUCUUUCACCACAGACAUUUUUGACUCGUUAUAGUAGGAAAAGCACAGCUGUUACUAAUAACAUUGGCUCCGUUUUAUAAAAGUGUACCAGGAA